AUCCUCACCACUAAGCGCAAGAUGAUCUUCUGUGGAGCUGGUGCAAUUCUGUUCCUGGUCGCCGCCUCUCUGGCAUCCAAUAUUGCAAAGAGGGGCGUCUUUGACAGCGGUUACGGAUACAACUCGUUCGACAGUUAUGGACCGUCGAGUUCUGGCUUUUCGUCGCCCAGCGUAAGUUUUAAACCUUAUCACCAGCCAGUUUCUCCAGCUGAAAUUGCAUCGGCGAUCCAAGCCGCCAAGGAAGCCUCGUCCGCCGUCAUGUCCGCUCAACGAAGGGUCCAGGAUGCGAAAGAAGACGUCUUACACCAACAGCACGUGGCCAGCCAAAAACAGGCCGACGCAGCGCUCGCUCUUCAGAAAACUGAAGCUGCUGCAGCAGUGCAACAGCAAGAAGCAAAAUCGGCAGCCACUGCUUUAGUAAGAGCUCAACAGCGGUUAGCUCAAGCAAAGGCCGAAGUGUCCGAAGCUCAGCGAAUAGCUGCAGCCAAGGAAGCUCACGCUGCAGCCGUUAUUCAGAAGAGCGCAGCCGCUGCCGCACAUGAGAUUCAAAAAACAGAUGAUGCUGCACGGAAAAUUCAAUCUAUCCAAUCGUCCGGCAGUUCAGCCAUUAGACAGGCAGCGGCAGCAAAACAAGGCUCAUUGACAGCUACGUCAGCAGCUGUCGCAGCUGCUGUUUCAUCCGGCGAUCAUUCUGGAGGUUCAGAUGGUUCAGCCGGUCCUUGGUACGGGCAGAAGGUUAUCCAUUUGCAGCCUUGGGGUUAACCCUUAAAGACGACUUAUUUUCCUAUAUCUCGUUUUGAUUUAAAUGGCACGAAUUGUUUUAGUUUUAGUAAAUACGUUAUAUUGUUAUAAUAUGGUUGAGUUUUUUGUACAAAUAUAU